AUGCGCUGCGGCGUGGCGGGCCGCACCGCCUCCCGCUACACCACGCCGACUGCACAGAGGGACGCUAUCAGGCAGGCACCUCAGACUGGAGAUAUAUGCCCCAAUGCACCUAUCUGCAUAAAUUUGCUUCGCAUCUGCGACGUUCCUUCGUGUUUUCUUCUGGAUGUUGUAGCUUUGUUUUGUUUUCAGUGUCCAACUGUGCGACACCCCGGAUUGCUGCCUCCGCAUGAUGUUUGUGCAUCCUGUAUGUAUGCCCUUGCUGCGAUGUGCACUCGCGCUGUGCUUGUGCAUCCUUCUGUGCGUCUCUCUUCCUCCUGUGCAGACCUGUGCGCCGCAUUCUAUAUUGAUGGUGACGAUGGUGCGGCACCUGCUGCCCCUGCUUGCACUCGCGCUGUGCUGCACGUCCUUGUGCGCGGCGGCUGGGGACCGGAGGCCUUUCUGGCAGAUGCCCAGUAG